AUGACCGAAAAGAUCUAUAUUGCUCGGCAUGGCUUCAGACUGAAUUGGAUCAGUACGACAUGGCAAAGUGCGACUGGUCUUCCUCGAGACCCCCCUUUGACUGCCUACGGCGAGACCCAGGCGGAGGAGCUCAACCAGUACUUCCUCUCGUUCCCUGAAGACGAGCGACCAACAGCCAUAUUCUCGUCCCCGUAUUACAGGUGUCUGCAGACUUCACGUCCGUUGGCCAAAGCACUAGGAGUCCCCAUCUAUGUCGAGCACGGUGUUGUCGAAUGGUACUCUCCUGUCGCACCGGGUACCGGCCUGCACCCGCGUCCCGGUUCCACCGAGUCCCUGAAGACAUUCUUCUCCGAGAUCGACCCGAGCUGGAGCACCCUCUACUACCCCUCGCGCAAGGGCGAGACCGUGAAGGAGGUGCACGACCGCGUCGAUGAAUUCCUCGUGUCGUUCUUCGCGGCGAUCGCCCAGCGCCUCCCGUUAGAGCGCCGCCGCCGGCUCCUGUUCGUCACGCACGCGGCGACGACCAUCGCGCUCGUGCGCAGCUUCGUGGGCGAUCGGGAGCUGCAUAUGAAGGUGGGAUGCUGCUCGAUCUCGGAGCUGGAUAGACAUACGGAUGGCGUUAGAGAGGGACAAGUCCUCGGUGCGUUCAAGGCGAUCGCGCUGGCUAGUGGGGAGCAUCUUAAAGGCGGUUCCUCCAGAGAGUGGGGUUUCGAGGAUAUAGAGGUAGAGAAAGGAAGGGUUGUAGAAGACCCAGGAGUACCGGGUUCAGAGGGAGAAAAGGAUGAGCCCGUCGGCCUCCAACUAGACAAUCAUCUCACAAGCAACCUUUGA